CAUAAAGGUAUCUUUUUUGUUAUUCGCCAACACAUAUCUUAACGAGUGAAGAGGCAAAAAAAAAUCUCUCAAGAGGGUCGAAGGACACAUGGCAGGCUCUUAGUGAGUAAAACCUUAAACUACUCAUUUCACAAUUGCUUGGCUGUGUAUAGUGCACGUGGCAUUCCCGUGUUUGCCUUUUCUUUCGCCACAAAAAUAUCCAAAUAUCUUCCGCCAUUAUAAAACAACAAGUUCUCUCACUCCAACUUUUUUAUCAACUACAAACUUAAAUCCACCUGAAUUAGAAAAUAAAAAGAGAGAGAAAUUAAUAUUAUAUCAGACCAACAAAAAAAACACAGAUCUUUUAGUUACUACUUUUUUUUAUAACCUUAUCCAAAAAAAAUUCAAACAGAGUAUAGAUCAAUGAGCUCAUUUUCUGCUUUCUCUGAAAUGUUUGGCUCCGACUACGAGUCUUCGGUUUCCUCAGGCGGUGAUUAUAGUCCGACGCUGGCGACGAGCUGCCCCAAGAAACCGGCGGGUCGUAAGAAGUUUCGUGAGACUCGUCACCCAAUUUACAGAGGAGUUCGUCGGAGAAACUCCGGUAAGUGGGUGUGUGAGUUGAGAGAGCCAAACAAAAAAACGAGGAUUUGGCUCGGGACUUUCCAAACCGCUGAGAUGGCAGCUCGUGCUCACGAUGUCGCCGCCAUAGCCCUCCGUGGCCGAUCCGCCUGUCUCAAUUUCGCUGACUCUGCUUGGCGGCUACGAAUCCCGGAAUCGACUUGCGCCAAGGAAAUCCAAAAGGCGGCGGCUGAAGCUGCGUUGGCGUUUCAAGAUGAGAUGUGUGAUAUAACGACAACGGAUCAUGGCUUCGACAUGGAGGAGACGUUAGUGGAGGCUUUUGUGACGGCGGAACAGAGCGAAGAAUCGAUUUAUAUAGACGAGGAGGCAAUGUUUGGGAUGCCGAGUUUGUUGGCUAAUAUGGCGGAAGGGAUGCUUUUGCCGCUGCCGUCAGUACAAUGGAAUCAUAAUUACGAUGUCGACGGCGAUGAUGACUUAUCGUUAUGGAGUUAUUAAAAACCUAUGUUUAUUUCCAUUUUUCUAAGAUCCUUUUCUAUAAUGGUUUCUUCAUUUUUUUUCUUAUAACAGAUUAAUGAGUGUAAAGGAUUCAGUAAGUGUGGAUUUUUCUUAAAUGCAAGUAUUUUUAAGUUCAAUAUAUAAGCAACAAAAAAGUUGCUUCUUAUAAUAAUAAUAAUAAAAAAAAGAGGUUCAUCAACAAUAGGAACAGAGAGGAUAGGAAUGUCAUUAAAAUAAUGACGGAAACAUUUGUCUUAAAAACAAAAAAUCAGAUACAUAAAUAAUUAAAUAAUUAAACAACCUCUCUCGAGUUCCAACCGUAAAAAAAAUUAAUAAUAAUUCUAGAUCGAGGCUGGAUCGCGGUGGCUUCCUCAGCAUCGGCUCCAGCCUCUCCUUUUAGCUUUAAUCUCGUCUUUGCUUCUAGUUUCUUUGUUGGUAUGGCUUUGAUUGGAGGUACGGUUUGCCGGUUUUUUGCCGGGUUUUGGAAUUAGAUGUGGCUUGCGAUGGUUGGGUUCGCCCUUUGUUGGAGUGUCUCCAGUCGUGGCCGCCUCCUGGUUUCCCCGUUAUGGCCAAUUGUUUCUCGGUGAGGUCGUUUCUCUUCUUUCAUGGUGAUUGCGGUGGUUAGAUUGAGUUUUUGCGUUUAUCCGGUUGCUAGGAUUGUGUAGUUGGUUAGUUUGCAGAACUUUUGGCUUGCGUCUGGGGGGUCUCUUGGGUUGUUUCGAGUUUCGAUUUUGGAUUUGUGGAAGCGGUAGUUGCGGGAAGAUUUGGGUUUUGUGGUUACGGAGAAGAUGUUAGUAAUUCCGGUUCUGGUAGAUCUACGGUGUGGCUCGAUUAAUAAGGUAUCUUCUUUGCUUGAUCCUACCCUUGUUCUGUUCCCGUUCUUGUGCAUCUCAUCGUUUUGAAGCCGUUAGUGUUGCCUGGCUGUGUUUGCGUUUUAUCCGCCCAGCCUUUGCAUCUCCUCUCCUCGGUCUACUCGCCCAGCCUUUGAUUCCCAUAAGGCGCGAUCCCUUUCUAAGCAUAGGCUUCACAUUGUUUGUUGAUAUGUUAGUCUUCAAGGUUUGCAUUUGGCGCUUCUCAUUGUUGUGGUUCGUUGUGGUUGUUAGUUGUCUCGUUCCAGCUCAGUUGAGUUUGGUUUUUCGAGAGGUUAGGCUACGCUCCUUGUCCUUGCGUUGUAGGUCCGGUUUGACCUGAUCGCGUUUUGAAGGCAUCUACCUAGACGAUAAAAGGACGCUGAGUCAUCGUCGUCGCAUCCGGAAGUGUGUUCGAGUCUUUGCUUGCCGGGUUAUGAUAGCUUUGGUUCUAGUUUCGAGAGAUCGGCUCUCAUUUUGAUAGGAGGUGGUUGAUGUUAUCUUUGGAUUGGCUUUGGGCGUCCUUGGUAAGUCUUUUCUACAAGUGCUUCAGGAGAAGAGUUCUUGCUUCUUGAGACUAGUAUGUUUCUUAAGGUUUUAGCCUAGUUGUUUAUGUUUUUAGUUUAAGGGUUCGUCCUCUUUCGUUUUGCUUUGAGUUUUUCUGUUUUAUGGUUAUAGUACUUCUGUUUCCCUUUUAUAGGGCUUAGACUCCGGGGAUUUCUCGUUUUUCCUCCGGCUAUUGACUCUGAAGACUUCUACUGCGUCUGUCGGCUUUAGUUUCCCUCUUUUGGGUUUUAGUUUCCCUCGUUUGGAUUGUGUAUCCAACAAGUUUAUCAAUAAUAAAAUUAGUUGACAAAAAAAA